AUGCAUUUAGAGAGAGUGAGUAUUCUAAGAUAUGUUAAGAGUACAUCAAGUGGAUUUACUAACAAUUUCUCAGAAAAAGUUGCCGUAAUAACGACAGAUGGGAAAUACUUUGUCGGUAUACUAGAAGGUUUUGAUCACCUAACGAACUUAAUACUCACUGAAACUCAAGAAAGAGUAAUAUAUCAAGAUGAAGAAAGCAUAAUAGAAGAUUUAGGUUUGCAAGUGAUACGAGGCGAUUUGGUUUCAUGCGUAGGGCUGGUUGAUGAAGAGUUGGAUAAACAGAUAGAUUGGACCAAAGUUAAAGGUGCCCCUCUAGUGAAGACAAAAAAAUCAAUUCAAUGA